AAAAAGCAAAUGCUGGCAGCUGUAGCAGCAUCACCUGACACACCCCCUGUACCACCUUUGCCAACACCUCCAGUCACUUAUGAGCAGCCCCAAUGGGCCCCUAGAGGCCAGUGGAGGGCUAGAGGUGGACAGCGGGGUAGGGGUUACCGCCGUGGUUACAUGCAGGAACCCAGAGCACAGGAUGUUUGUCAUUUCUGCCACAAACCUGGGCAGUGGACCAGAGACUGCUUUCUGAGACAGGGACAAGGUCCCCCACGUGGAGGAGCACAGCAUCCAGCUCCUAAUCCACAAAUGGCUCCAACUGGCCAGUACCCCCAACAUGACCGGAGACUGGGCUCAGUGGCAUGGUCCUGAGGGACAUCUUCAGCAGUGACACACCCCACAAAAAACCCAGCACAUAGGAGGAGGGGCAGAUCCUAUGGUGCAAAUGACUGUCUUGAAUAAGACCCUCCCUUUCUUAGUGGAUACGGGUGCCACCUACUCGACUUUGAAAGACUCUGAGUAUAACAAGCAUGCAACAACCGCUACUGUGUCUGUUGUGGGUUUUUCUGGGGAACAACAAAGACUACCUCUGUCUAAGCCUCUGCCUGUGUCAGUGGGGACCCAAUCUACAACCCAUCCCUUUGUCCUUUCCAGUGAUGUUCCCAUUAACUUGUGGGGGCGGGACCUUUUAAAGAAAUUAGGGGCCUUAAUCCUGUGUGAAUCAACUGGACUCACUGUCAGACUGUUGGAUGGGACACAAUGGACAUGUUCUGCAUCCUCUCAAUCAUYCUUUCACUUAUCCUCCCAGUAUCUGCUGCAACCGAUCCAACCUGAAGUGGCUGACAUUUAUUGGGUCCUACUGCAUCCAGAAAACCCACAGCACACUGGCAUCCUCUCUGCUUUCCUAUCUUGGAAGCCGUGGGUGGACGCCCUCCGCCCUUAUGUCCCUCCUACAGACCCUCUUCAUGUCACUCUCUUUUAUGACCGUAAGUCAGAUGAAUGUUAUCAUGAAGCUUUUGUUUCAGACCUACAAGAUACAGAGUGGUCUUUACCCUCUGAUAAGAUCGUUGUAGGGCCUCAAGGGGUAGCCUCACAUGUCAAUCUGUCCCCCUCACAGUUAGAGUGGUAUAGAAUGACGGCAGAGGCAGUACCACAUGUGUCCCUUGCUCUCUCUCCCAAACACCAGGCUAAAGACUUAGGCCCCAUGGUAAAAGCAGAGCUUGGUGCUACAGACUGGACUCCCACUCAGCUCCCUUGUGUCUCAUUCUCACCCUCUACUGACUGCUACUCUAUUGCUGUUACCACCUCUGACCAGGGCACCUUGACACACGAACUGAUUUCCAGAGACCAUGGUAGAGAAAAAUCAGAUCACCCUGAUGUUCCUAAAAUGUUGUCAUCACUCCCUSACUCGCUCUGGUCCAGAGGACCAGAAUAUGUAGGCCUUAGCAUCUGUUCUCCUUUUUCUYUUCAACUACAUCCCACAGAUCCCAUUUGGCUUUAUCAGUAUCCCCACAAAACUGAAGCAGCUUUAGGUUUGCAAAACACAGUUCAGGGCCUCCUGAAAGCUGGUGUGUUGGAGCCAUCCUGCUCACAGUGGAACACUCCCAUCCUCCCUGUUGAAAAACCAGGCACAGGCACGACCCUCCUUCAGUAUGUCUAUGACCUCCUGAUUGCUUCUGAGACCUCUGCUGAUUGUUUGCAGGCCACCCACACCAUCUUACAGCUUCUUCAUCAGGCAGGGUUUAAGGUCAGUAAACCUAAGCUCCAGGCAGUUCAUUCCCAAGUGUCAUUUCUAGGUCGUCUUGUAUCAGCUACAGGUACCUCUUUGUCACCUGAACAUAGAGGCUGUGUCUCAAUUCAGGGGCUGGGUCCUCAUGAGUGCGCAUUUGUCGGCUGCAUACGUCAUUGCCCCGCGCGGAGGACAGUCCCAAUUCGAAGGCUCCUCAUCCUGCGGCCGAGGAAUGCGUCCUUCUUCCUGUCGAAAUCUGAGGAUGCAUCCAUGUAUCCUUAUCAGCCGAGGAUAUCCCAGGAUUCAAUGCGCGGGCAGCAAAACAAGCUAUAG